AUGGGCAAGCGUUUGCGGACCUUGGCUUCCUUGUUAUGGGACGACGCUGAGGAUGCUGAGUCACUGCUUCGGGAUUGGAAAAGACAGCCAACUGGUUGCUUGGGUCCGGGGUCUGAUCAUCAAGCUACAGAGGCAAAGCUUUCCCAGAAGUCGGAGCAAUCGCCACCAGUGCCUCAUGUACCAGCGCUGCAGCAGCUGCCGGUCGUGAUAGAAAAACCUUGGCUCAGAAAACUUGUCCGCAACAGGGAUCCCUGGCAUUGGGUUGGGCAACUAUCUGGGGAUGUUACAUCCCUACCGCGAUUUCGAGACGAGGUCGUUCCUGACCUGGAACAAACAAACUUUGCGCAGGAACAGAUUGUGUUUGAUCUGGCCAACUCGAAAUUGGCCUCUAGCAUAUUGUCUCAUGCUGAACUUUGCAUCAGGUGCGUGGAGUCGUUGAGCUUCAGCAGUGGAUGCGCUCCAAUGAUCCAGUAUUUGAAGACGCAGCAGAAGAAGCUGGCCGACGCGGCCUCGAAGAAGGCACCAGCGAGCUCUGUGACGGCCCACCAGAAGGCCAUGGUCCUGCAAAAGGGUGUGGAAGCCACCCGAGAAGAGUUGGGGGAACCUGUGCUUCAGAUUGGGCAAAGAUGCAACGGGAGAUACCACUCUUACUUGAGCCGCUUCCUUCUUGUUGCUUUUCCAGGCAAACAAUGGCCCGCCGCACUUUUGCCAGACAUCUUCAAAGCACUAUCAAGCCAGCUUCGUGAGCUUUUUGAGAGCGGCCUUGCAGCGCAAGGCCAGCGGUACAACUUUGCAGUUUUGGGACUGAAAGCGGACUUUGAGUUCCACUGCACCUCCUUACGACAAUCUGGCUUGAAAAGAAGCUAUGAGCAUGUGGGAAGGGCACAGGACAUCCCUGUGUGCAUGGAGUGUGAGGCUGGAUUUGCAGAAACCCCUUUUGAGGAUGCCAAUGCAAAUGCUCUGUGGACUAGGACCAUUGGCAGGUCCGCUCCAUGGACAGGGACGCCGCCUUUUGUGCAACUGCCUUUUGACAACUGGCAAUCCUUUCCAUCGCGUGUCACCGACUUCUUUCGCAGAGAUCCUUUCCACGUCUUCAGGCUGGGUGUGGCGCGUAACUUUCUGGCGUCAGCAAUCCUGCUAUUGUGCAACUUGGGAGCCUUCGACCUUCAAGGUGAAUCAAAGUCUGUUGACAACAGGCUCGUAAGAGCUUGGAGGCAAUUUGAGCUUUUUAUGGACGCUGCGUCUUUACAUGUUGGGGGCCUCAGAAGCUUCAGCAAGAAAAAAUGCACUUUGCCAGUGGAAAGGCGUUCCCUUGGCUUGGAUGCAAGGGCUCGGACACAAUCGUCCUUUUCAAGUGGUUGCGGGUACUCCUGGUACAGCUUCGCAGCCGUGGUUGCAGUGUGGGCACGGGCCAUGAUUUUCGCAGUUGCCGUGCUUGUAAUUUCCUUGAGACAGCUGUAA